AUGGAAGGCCCAGGACACAUGUUGUCGUUGAAGGUGAUGCGCGUAUCCCGGCCUUCAUUGGCGGGUGCAUGGGAGCCCUUCUACUCUAGUUCUCCAUCGUUCUCCGCUCAUUCCACGGCAUCAAUUCUCUCUUUGCAAGGAAAGACGCCUCUGCCGCUGCACCCUAAGACGUUACGUGACUUGACACACACGUCCGAAAUCCUCACACUUCCAUCUUCGUUUGGUGCGAUACAACUAGGAGAAACAUUCACAAGUUGUCUUUGCGUCAACAAUGAAACCGAAUUCGAUGUCGAAGGAGUGCGGUUGAGAGUAGAGAUGCAGACGGCUAAUACGAAGGUCGUGCUUGCAGAAUUUGGCGGACCAGACUGCCAACUUGUUCCAGGGGAUACGCUAGAGAACGUUGUGAGCCAUGAAAUUAAAGAAUUAGGCCAGCACGUCCUUGGGUGCACUGUCUCCUACCGUGCACCACCGAAUGUCCGACACCCACCAGGAUCGGCAGAAGACCCCAACGAUCCCGCCUUGCAGACUUUCCGCAAGUUCUACAAAUUUGCUGCUUCCAAUCCGUUGUCAGUGAAGACCAAAGUCCACUCACCUUGGUCACCCUCCGCCAUGGUUUCUCCUCCAGAACGAGAGAAGAUCUUCCUCGAGGUACACAUACAAAAUCUGAUGCCAGACCCAGUGUGGUUUGAGCGAAUGCAAUUUCAAUGCAUAGAUGAUUGGCAAGUGGAAGACAUCAAUUGCGACGAUAGUGUGUUUUCAGGUUCAAUGGCUCUGAUGCAACCACAAGAUAUGCGGCAGUAUAUCUAUAUCUUAACACCUACGGCUGUGCCUCUAGCCUCCACUCCGCCAACACCUGGUAGUACGAUGCCUCUCGGAAGACUGGAUAUCUCCUGGCGGUCAUCGUUUGGAGAGCCAGGACGUCUUCUUACCUCGAUGUUAUCGCGUCGAAUACCAGCCCCUGCCUCUGCCCCUGCGCUGGCCCAGCCCACUGCUUCUGCACUUCCUGCCUACCUGAAGAGAAACCAAUCAAUCGCCUCCAUUCCAUCCCGUCCUCUUUCUCCUCUAUCCCGGCCAGGCUCUCCCUUUAAUAAUCGUGCUCAGCCACCCGUUCCAGUUCGCACCCAAACACCUGCAUUCAGUCAAUCAAACCAGGCAUUGAUAACAUCAGAUAUUGAAGUGACGCUCGUUGUGCGGUCCAUCCCUCGGGAAUCAAUACGUGUGGAGAAGCCAUUCAAGUUGUCUUGCUCGUUGGUGGUAUUGGGGACGGUAGUAAAUUCUCAGAUCAGGACGCUACGACUUGUUGUCCAACGGUUGCAGCCGCCCAGAGUAAUCCAGGGUCCUCCGUCCUUCACCGCCCAACCUCCCCAACCACAAUCUGGCGCCUUCAGCCCUCGGGCACCGUCAUCUGGAUUCUCCACCCCGUCGCAAAGUCACACAGGUUUCAAUGUUGCUCUUGCACACAACAAGAUAUUGGCGGCUGCCCCACGACAGUCGCUUUCCGAACUGCCGAACGACAUCACGAAGGAAUCUGAAGAGUCUAAGGAAGGAACCGUUGUUCUUCCUCCUCCGUACUUUAGCGGCAGUGAUGAACUUAGAGCUCCACUAUCCGCCGUGAAGCCCUUGGGACAAUCUACUCUCUACCUCCCUCCCGUUUCGUUCUCCUCGUCAUCGGAAACGAGCGAUCCUUCAACCAAAGUGCAAGCCGUUCAGGACUUCGAGCUUGAUUAUAUAGCCUUGCAGGAGGGGUUCACGAUUGUUGGUGGGUUGAGAGCGCUACUGGUAGAGGACAACGUCGACUCGGAGAUGGAUAGAAGCGCAGUGGGGUUCAGGAUACUGAAAGAAUGGGAUAUUAUAGCUGAAAUUUUGGUACAGCCUUGA